GAUCAUGCGCAGUGUGCAGCGUGCUGCCUUCAGUCAGCGGAGCAGCUGUCCAGGGUUUGGAAUUCCAACAUGGCAGAGGCUGUGGUCAGUCUUCCCCUCACUAACUUGGAAUGGUUUCAAAUCGCGAGCAGCCGCGCUUAACCUGAGCGAACCAUUCAUCUGCGCACUCACCGGAUCGAUGGCACUAUAAAACCCUGACGCUGCCCGGGCACCUACACAGGCUUGAAGACAUGAUCACUAGCACCAGUAUUUAUGGUCUAAAGAUGCAGUGGACCCCAGAGCACACACAAUGGGCAGAACAACACUUUGACAUCUCAUCCACUACCCGCUCGCCAGCACACAAAGUGGAGGCCUACCGGGGGCACUUACAGCGAACAUACCAGUAUGCAUGGGCAAACGAUGACAUCUCUGCACUGACUGCCUCCAAUCUGCUUAAGAAAUAUGCAGAAAAGUACUCUGGGAUCCUAGAGGGCCCAAAUGAGAGAGCCCUGCUGUGUUCCUACUCUGAUAGCACCACUGGACUCAUGAAUGGACGAAAGUCAGAGAAUGAGUCCUGGCAGGAGGGGAUUUACCCAAUGAACUGUGUUCCAGAUGUUAUAUCUGUGAGCAAAGCUGGAAUGACAGCUGCCCUACCCCCUACAGAUGUGUCGGCUAGCAUAGGCAGCUCCCCAGAGGUUGCCAGCAGCUUGUCUGAGCCUAGCUAUUCCAGCAGUAACUGUGGAAGCCACACAGCCACUACUCUCCACUCGGGCCUCCCCUCUCAGGAAUAUACUGCCAGCUACAAUGGCUCCUACCUGCAUUCUAGCUACAGCAGCCAGAGUACCCCAGCCCUCCCCUCCCCACACCCCUCUCCUUUGCACAGUGCUGGGCUUUUACAACCACCACCCCCACCUCCUCCCCCUACCUUAGUGCCGAGCUACAACGCCGGGUCUCCAAACCUUCCCAACUACAAUUAUCCUCCAACAGGGUAUCCUUCUCAGAAUGCUGUUGGCCCUGGUUAUAGCCCUGGGGGAGCACCCCCUCCUUCUGCUUAUCUGCCGUCCGGUAUUGCAGCUCCUACACCAAUCCCUCCUUCCACACUGCCCGGCUACACCUACCAGUCCCAUAACCAUACACCAAUUUCACCAACACCUUUGAAUGGCAGCACAUCCAACUCAUUAAAACGAAAAGCUUUCUACAUGAGUGGACAUGGAGAUAUGGACUCUAGCUAUGGUAAUUUCACCUACAACCAACAGCGCUCUGCUCAGAGCCCAAUGUACAGAAUAACGGACAGUGUCUCAGACUCAAACAGGGGCAAUGGCUUUGACAGAAAUGCUGAGGCAUCGUCUUUAGCGUUUAAGCCAACUAAACAGCCAAUGUCUUCUGAUCAACACAGAAAAUUUAUAAUACACUCUGGCAGAGCACUGACUCCUCCAUCCUAUGGAUCGACCAAAAGCUCUGUGGGUGAUCUCAGAACUGGUGAGCCCUACAGCAAGUUUGGAUCUUCAAUCAUGAGCGAGCGAACUGAAGAGCACAGACAGAACCUCUCUCACUCCCUUACAGGGCCUGACAUUGGUACAGCUACCUCGUCCAUCCAUGCUGCAGAGGAACAACUGAAGAACAGUGACUCCAACCUGGUGGAGAUGGUGACCACAGAAAUCCUUCAGCAGGGCCCUCCAGUGGACUGGAGCGACAUCGCGGGUCUGGAUAUGGCCAAAGCAGCCAUCAAAGAGGAGAUACUAUGGCCCAUUUUAAGGCCAGAUAUGUUUAGUGGACUUGCCACAUUACCUCGGAGCCUCCUUUUAUUUGGACCUCAGGGAACUGGUAGAACGCUGCUGGCCCAGAGCAUGGCCAGCCAACUGGGGGCUGCCUUCUUGCGACUCAGCAGCUCAGCUCUGGUGACCAAGUGGCUAGGGGAAGGGGACAAGAUCAUCCAAGCUUCUUUCUUAGUGGCCCGGUGUCGCCAGCCAGCAGUGGUGUUCAUCAGAGAGGUUGAUCUGCUGCUGUCAGCCCAGCUCAGUGAGGAGAGUCCAGUGAAUCGCCUCAAGGCUGAGCUCCUCAUGCAGCUUGACAGUAUUCUGACCUCCGCUGAGGACCAUGUCCUCGUGGUCUGCUCCACCAAUAAGCCUGAAGAGAUCCCAGAGUCCCUACGGAGGUACUUUGCCAAGCGACUGCUCAUCCCGUUGCCUGAUGGGACAGCACGACACCAGAUAAUCAGCCAACUGCUCUCACAGCACAACUACUGUCUUAGUGACAAAGAAAUGUCACUACUGGUUCAGAGGACAGAGGGCUUUUCUGGACUGGACGUGGCUCAGCUGUGUCAAGAGGCUGUGGUAGGUCCUCUCCAUGGCAUUCCUGGAGCUGACCUGUCAACCCUCCACCCCACUCAGAUGAGACUGGUCUCCUACGAAGACUUUGACAAUGUGUUUUGCAAAUUCCAGCCCAGCAUAUCACAAAAAGAACUUGACAUGUACACUGAGUGGAAUAAAAUGUUUGGUUGUAGUCAAUGAAAGAGACUCAUCAAACACAAUUUCUUUACGCUCAGUAGUUGAAUACAAAUCAGUGUUUGGCUUUCAGUGAACAAGAAAAAUAAACAGUAUUGACAUGAACAUAAUAUAUACAGCAAAGGGAUUGUGCUUGAAGGCUUUAGACAGAAAAUGACAUCAUCCAGCAUUGGUAAAAGUUGAUUAAAUGCUUUAUGUGGCUGACGCCAUGUGCUCACUAAAACUUAAACGACUUGGAAGAAGAUGCCCCCCGUUUUUGUAUAUACAUAUAUAUACAUAAAUAUAUAUACAUACUAUUCUGCUGAUCUUGAGAUUUAGUUGCUAUCAAGUGCCUGAGGUGGUGCUGUUUAAGUUUUCUUUUUCUUUUUGCCUCACAAUCUUCAUUGGUGAUGUGCUAAUAUGAAAAAAAAGCUUUAAAAUGAGACAAAAAACUUGCUUUCUCUUUUCCUUUAGUGUUCUACAGCUGUGUCUGUUUCGUGCUCUCUGUGAACAGUUGUGGUUAAUUUGAGCGAAAUUAAAUAUAUUGGCUUCACUUCAGUUGGGCUUCAUUACCUUGCAAAGGUUUCUUGUGUGUGUGUAAAUCCUUUAUUUACAAACACUUACAUACUUUUUUUGUUGGAACAAUACAAUUUGUUUUCUAACAAACCCAAGGUUAAUUUGGUUGCUGUACUAGCCUCACCAUUAUAGUUGAUAUUACAAAAACAAAUAUUUUACAAUGUGACUUAAAUCUAAACAAUACAUUACUAUAUAAUUGCUGGUAAAAUAUUGUUUCAGUAGUAAUUCACGGUGUUUCACAAAAAUAUAGAAUUCUACCAUUCUUUUGAUGUUCUCUAUUUGAAAACUCAGGAAAGUGAUGAUAUGUACAGUACCUCAUAAGCUUGUGUCAAAGCACUACACACUACAAGAGCAUUUGGCUUGCAUUUGAAAUUCCAUUAUCAAACCAUGUAAAGCUUUAUAAUACCUCAAGACGCUAAAAAUGAAAUGAGAAGGUUCCUACAAUGAAUGUAUGUGAGUAAUUCUGGUUUAUUUACAAGACAAAAAAAAGUAAUUUGUUUGGGGUUCUUUACUUUAGCUUGUGGUGAUGCAGAGCUGAGAGAAAUUCGAAAGGUGCAGACAACCAUCUUGGGGUUGGGGAAGACAGCUGCCCCAAGCUAUUUCUUUCCAUCCUGCUGCUGUUUUAUCAUUAAUGAAACCUAAGGAUUAUGUAUAGCCUAAGUUCCUUUCUACCUCAGUUUGUUAGUUAUCUCUGAUAGACAAAUACAUGAAAGCAGCAAAAUGUCAGCACCUAUUCUGCUUGUUUGUUGAGGAAACCUUUUGAGAGAACACCAAACAGUAUUUUGUUGUGUGCAAAAUCUAUUAGCUUUACAUUUUGAUAACUCCCAAGAACAACGUAAUGCGCUUAAAGGGGAAUACCACUGAAUAUCAGGUUUGGGAUUCACUAUGCCUUUGCCUUAGGACAAAAUUGGUCUGUAUUAGCUAACAGCGGAUGUUGUUGCCAUUGCUUGUUUGGCCCCUGAAUCUUUGAUGUCAAAUAGAAAAUCUAAAUGUGACAACAUUCACAGUGAUGUUUGGUUCGCAUUCUUUGGCUUGAAACAAAUUACAUUAUUUUAAUAUAAAGUUUACAGAAGAAUUAGUUUGUCUGUCUUAGGCCAUAACUGUAACAUUCAUGAAUUGAGUGGCAUUCCUUUUUAAGAACAUGUCUUGAAGGCUAGUCUCACUGUACACAAAACUGUUAUUUUUACUUUGUGUUGUAAUUUUUACCUUUAAACCUUUGUGUUUACAGAGCUAUUAAUCACUACUUGCAGCCAUUAACCAGUACAUUUCCAUAGAGUGUUUUUUGGCAAUGAAAGAGCAGGACUGACAGCUGAAUUGGCAAGUUAAAAUGUUAUUGAAUGUAUUAACUCCUCUGAGCAGUAUGGAAAGCAAACUCGCACAUUGAAAAAGGCUACUGAAGUAGAAACCACUGUAUGUGUAGGUGUAUAAUACUGCAGAGGCACUAAAGGACCUUGUAUUUGUUUUUCAAAGGCGGUCCCUUCAUGUUUGUUUUCUAUUGCACAUGUUUUACCUGUUCUUUUUUUUUUUAGACAGUGUGCAUAUUAAUCGCUGCCACCUGGUUUGGUAUCAUUAACUCUUCCAAAACUGUUUAAGGAUGUAUACAGAGCAUCCAGACAAUAGCAGAGAAACUAUGUAGCAGCAGAAAAAGCUAGCAAGCUUGUCAACAAUAAUAUCUUGUUGUAGUUUCACAUUAUCUGUGUUAUAUAUUUAUAAACUCCAGUCAUAAGAUGGGUGACAGUUUUCUUUGAAUGCACACAAGGUACAGUCAUUGGUAGAAACAUUAAUCACCAUUUGAUUAACUUAGAAAUGGGAUAAUUUCAUUUGUUAAAUUCAAAACAUUCAACUUAUUAAUCAUAGGCUUUAUAAAAGAAGUGGACGUUUGAAGGUUAUAAUUUGGCAUUUUGGGUGUCACUGUCUUGGUUUUGUGACCAUAUUUGGACGAGAGGGUGGAGCUAAGUUAUCAGUUAGCGCUAGCUAGCUAGCUUGGUUAGCAAGUUGCAUCUGUAAUUCAGGUUAACUGUGCUAUUAAUUGGUAAUUAAUUUUGGCUAGCGAAAAACACACUUAAAACAAAAUGUACUUACAAGGAUAAAUGAGCAGCUGUAUCUAGCUGUCUGUCUUUUAGUACAACCAGACGCUCACACACCCCAUCCAGGGGGUCCAAUGCCAAAUUUGGUUUAGACAUGAAAGUGUCCAGCAAAGUCCGUUUGGAAGCUUUAAACAUGAAAAGUAUGUAGUUACAUGAGAAAAUUAGACCAAUAUUUAAAAAAAAUCUGUCAUUUGUUACUGCACUUUGAGGUGUUUAUUGGUUGAAAACUUCAUUGAAGCCAAAGUACAACAGCUUUCUUUUGAAUAUGAUGAUUUGUUAGAAGAAGUUGUGAAUAUCAAUGACCUUAAUGCCACACUGUGAGCUGUGAAUAUUUGAAUUUGGCGAUUUUAUAGUACUCUCACUGGGCAGUGUUAAGUUGCUGUAUCACGGUAUGUCAAAUAUUUUCAAGAGAUAUGUGAGUUCUGUAAAACAUUUAAAGUUUUUCAGUUUUAUCCUGCUUGAGUUUAUUCACCAGUAGAAAUAGAAACAUGGCUAAUUUGUUUAUCUUAAAAAAAAGAAAAAGAAAAAAGCAACAGAUAUAUAUUAGCAGAAAAUGUCACACUGGAAUAAAAUUGUUUCUCCAUGAUUGCUAAUUUUAAGAACUAAUUAGUCAUUGCAAGGUUUUUGACAAGAAGGUGAUAAGAAGCCCUAAGUGCCAUUAACAAGCGCAGAUUUCACCAGUUUAAGAGGGAAAUUGUUCAUGAGAAAUGUAUGUUAAAAAGGGGAAAUGUUCCACUCAAAUUAAGUAGUACUUGCAAUCAUUCCGACAACAACAGAUCUUGUCACAUAUUUGCUUCUUUUUUUGUCUCCCUAACAGUGAGCAAGAGCACAGUGUAACACAAGGCACAUGGAUAAGAAGUUAUAUUUGUGUGUUUUUAAUUUGCAAUACAGCUAGAACGCCAUACAGACAAACCUGAUAUAAGGAAAACAAAUGACAGAUAUUCAAAUAAGGUGUAUAUUUCACAUGCUUUAGAUGUUAUCAUUAAAAAAAAGUUAUUCGUUAUUGAGAGUGAUGUGAUGAAAGGGCCAACAGUCACAACCAACCCAUGAGCUGAACCUAUGAUAAGCACAUCGAGUCUCACAGGGAUGCCAACUUAGCCACUUGAAUCACUUUUUUUUCACUAUUGUCACUAUUUCUGUAAUUAAAUUUUUUUGAGAACUGCUUAAGAUUUUGAUUCCAUCCUUAUGUAGUUUUAUAUCUGGUAUUCUUUAUAACCAUUUCUACCUCAUUGCUACAUAUUGUACAUGUAGUACUUAUGUCCUGUCAUUUUGAAUGUCAUGCAUUUGUGGAUAAAAAAAAGUUAAAACAAAAAAAAAUGAAGAAAAGAAAUAAAAGCUUGCCCUUGAAUCAGAGCAGUCUACCUCACAAAGACUGUCCUUACACUGUCAAGUACAAGCUGCAGAAAAAAAUUAGGCACCUUGAGGGCAAAGAUGAAGUCAACCUGCUCAUUCUGACGUACAGUUUAUUUACAAUACCAUGUUUCCAUUGAAUUGCUGUGGGCUGUGUAGGUGCAAGGUCUCCAAUGCAAUUCCAAUUAAUUUCCUAAAAAGUAACAAACUGCUUUAAUCCUUUGUGAAUUGUUGAAUAGUGCGCAUGUUAACGUGUAUGUAUGUGCACUUGCAAUUCUCCAUGCAAUUGUAUUAGGGGAUAACAUUAAGAUGUGAAAAAUCUGAGUUUUUACUUUUCAUAUUCAUGUACAGAGAAUAAAGUUGCACAUAGCUGUACGUAUUGUACAUUUGCUAAUGAUAUACAGCAUACAUACGAAAAAUGCACCACAUACAUGUUUAUAUGUGUGUAUGUAUUGCCAUACUUACAGUACAGUCGGUUUAAAUGUAUUUUAAUUUCAAGGUACAUAAAGGUUAUUGAAAUACUGAAUAAAGAUGUUUUUUUUUCUUCUGAAAACUGGAUGCAUUUUGUACCUUUACUUGAUUAAAUUUGCAAUGGUGUGAUUGAGCCUGUGCUAUUUUUGUUUCCAGCUAUUUCUUGUGGAAGACAGUGUUAGAUCCAUGACAACUUAAAUCAUAAUUUCUUUAUUUCAUUGGAGUUCAACGACAAUAUAGUGAAAGUAAUACAGUUUGCAGCAGUUUACAGAGGCUAUUUUAAGGCUUCCUUUUUAUUGCACUCUUCCCACCAAUACACCACUCAUGAUCCAUAAUAAUUUAUAAUUCCAUACUGGCAGGGUUUUUUUUUAUUAGGAAAUGAACAAAUAUGCUUAAAAUCUUUCAUGUUAUCAUUAAGUAGUAGGUGUUAUGCGCGGGAUGUUUCAAUAAUGUUGCAAAUAACAGAAAUGAGAAAAGACCCA